UUUUUUAAUGUAACCCACUUACUUUAUCAUUCGCUUUUAUUGUCUCUCAUCACUUGUCUCUUUAAUAUGUCUGGCUUGUCAAUUUAAAACGGUGGAAGGUCGUCAGCUUUCGCUUUUCCAUUGAAGCAGCUUCCGAGUGAAUGGGUUUUUGGACGUUGAUCGAAGGGUUCCUGCUUUUUGCAAAUGCUUUGGCAAUACUAAAUGAGGAUAGAUUUCUCACUCCGAGGGGGCUGAGUUUUGAAGCUACAACAGGCAGAAAAAAGUCUCUUAAACAACAAGCUGUAGGUCUUAUCUAUGUAGCUCAAUACUUCAGGUUGCCCUUGAUAAUUUUGAAUGUUAUCAUGAUCGUAUCAAAGCUGGUUUCUGGAUGAGGUAAUGGGGAACUGAUUAUAUCGAAAUUAUUCAUUUAACAUAGGAUAUCGUCACAUCCAGAUGUUUUUUGCUCAUAUGGCAUCCAAAUAUCUUAUUUUUUGAUAUGACAUAGAGAACAAGAGAUGUGUGGGUGUUGUAGUUUGCUUUUGAAUCUGUUUAUGUGAUUAUUUUAAUGGCAGAACUUAUGUAAAGGAUGCGUGUAUCUUUUUUAAAAGUUUAAUGAAUAACAAAAACUCGAUUUUGUAAUUGACGAUGAUACACUUCUAGCUUAUAACUAGAUGGUUUAUAAUCUAUAUCAUGUACUAGUUCUUUUCA